GGUAGCCGCGCGCCGGGUGCCGGUGGGGGCUGCUUUGGAGCGGCGGCGUCUGCAGCUGGAGUCCCGCGCUCGCUCGCCCGCGCGCUCGUUGAGACCGCGCGCGCUGGCCCGGGAGCUCCUCGCUGGAUUCGCGAGCGUCGCCCCUCCUGCCCCGAGCUCAUCCUCUUCCUCUCGCGCCGCCUGCAGCUGCCCCGGCGCGGGGAGCCGACAGGGCCCCGGGGCAGAAGGUAAAAACCCCACGGAAGAAACAUGAGGUUCCCCUGGAAAUCAUUCAAGAGGAAGAUGGAAGGGGCUGUCUAAAAAGAGAUUGAAAGCUGCAGACCGCAAGACUGGGGCCAGAGGGCUGGCAGUGGAAAACCCUGUUGGGUUGUGAUCUCUCACUGAAAAGUCCCAGUUGCCUUUUUGCUUCCUGCAGGGGGAAGGAAGAGAAGGAGAAGACCAUGUCCAUAGCCUUGAAGCAGGUGUUCAACAAGGACAAGACCUUCCGGCCGAAGAGGAAAUUUGAACCUGGCACGCAGAGGUUCGAACUCCACAAACGGGCUCAGGCAUCCCUCAACUCAGGCGUGGACCUGAGGGCAGCUGUGCAGCUGCCCAGCGGGGAGGACCAGAACGACUGGGUGGCGGUGCACGUGGUGGACUUCUUCAAUCGGAUCAACCUCAUCUACGGUACCAUCUGUGAGUUCUGCACUGAGCGGACCUGCCCUGUGAUGUCAGGGGGCCCCAAAUACGAGUAUCGGUGGCAGGAUGACCUCAAGUACAAGAAGCCGACUGCACUGCCAGCCCCCCAGUACAUGAACCUUCUCAUGGAUUGGAUUGAAGUCCAGAUCAACAAUGAGGACAUAUUUCCAACGUGUGUGGGUGUUCCCUUCCCAAAGAACUUCCUGCAGAUCUGCAAGAAGAUCCUGUGUCGCCUCUUCCGGGUCUUCGUACACGUCUACAUCCACCACUUCGACCGGGUCAUUGUGAUGGGCGCGGAGGCCCACGUCAACACCUGCUACAAACACUUCUAUUACUUCGUCACUGAGAUGAACCUCAUAGACCGCAAGGAGCUGGAGCCCUUGAAAGAGAUGACGAGCAGGAUGUGUCACUAACGCCCCAUCUUACCCUACGGAAGAAAGAGGAAAAGCUGUUUCCUCCUGGAGUCCCGGGCCGGCAGGAGGGAGACCUCCCUGGCUGAAAAGGCGCACCUACUUCCGGGAGCAGGCAUGCUGGAGACCGGCGGUGACUCCUGAGAGAUGUUCCCCGCUCACUUCGUGUGCUCUUAACCGUCUGAGCGCUGCUAGCCGUGACCUGUGGACCUGGCCAGGAGAGAAGGACGGCCCCUCACCCAUCCUGGAGGAAGGAAGCCUCUGCACUUACAUGCGUGUCGCAGUUCUGCCUGUGACCUGCCACCUAAGCUUUACUGGAAUUCAGGUUUUGAGACUGAGAUACUUACCUGUACUUUUCCACUUACCUGUCUCAUCAGCCGGCUGCCUUUUCUGUAACGUGUUUUCUGAGUACCCAGUGAAUUUUGGAGCUCUGGACGCACAGCCAGUUUUUCUCUAACAAGCCUUCCUGUGCGGUCCCUGCAGGCUCUGGCCCUGAUGCCGUGGUCUUGGCUGGGAGGUCCGUCCCACAGCAUCAGUGCAGUUUCCCCCAUAAGCAGUUUGACCAGGGACCACUCCACGGGGUGGCUUGUCUUGCCCCAGAUAGGGUCUGCACACUUUCAUAGCAGGGAGGAGACUGGUCUCUAGCCUAAGGCUAACUAGUUACCAGUUCACCCUCAACAGAAUGUGCUUUUUAUAACCACACCAUUCCUUGUCUCUUCCGUUCAAGAUGUUUUUUUUUCCCUGAUUUCCCCGAAGAGAGAAAUAAAAGGAAGUUAUAAAUGACCAAGAAUGAUCAGCAGACGCCCUGAGCCAAAUUAGUGCAGUGUUUGUUCCUUAUUAAAGGGUGUGGUGGCUAUCUUCGAACAAUACUGAAAUUUCAGUGGAAAAAAAAAACCCAACAAAAGUACAAUGGGUCAUUUGGGGCCUGUAGCUCAAAUGCCCCGCCCACUGAUUCUUAAUCGCCCCAGACGGCCCUCUGAGCUUCUAGAUCCAGCCGAUGUUUUCUUCCUCUUCCUCUGCGCUCUCCCUUCCUCUGCCUUAUGAUAUUAUGGCACAAAGUUAAUUUCUGCCCGGAGGAUGCUGGGACCACAGUUGCCAAGGUAACGGUGGAGCUGGAGCCAACUUCCUUCUCCCAUCCUUCCCAGUGUUUCUAUCCCAGUAGACAGAAUCAUUCUGUGCUACAUCCUGCCUUUUGAAAGCUAAGUGACUUUUAGCUGAAGCAAUGUUGCCUUCUCUGAUUCAUUCGCAAAACCGUGGUGGUCCUGAGAGCCUAUGACUAGGGGGUGAUGAUACUUCCAGUGAGCAUUUGAAUUCGACAAAAUAGCAGUUGGUGGAGGGAUGUAGAUAAGAAUGUAUUAGGGCAUUUCAAUGUAAUACUGAUUAAAGAAUAACUCAACAGCUCUGAUUUUGUUUCAUUGCAUGUAAUGUGUUAAAACCAUUUGGAGCUGCUGCGAGAGCCUAGAAAGGCAUGAAGUCUUUCUUGGUCCAAACAGAAAGGGUGAACUGUCUGGGCACCGUGGCAUUCUGUGUUGACCUAACCCGGCAAACCGACCCUUGCUUUGUAUCUCGUCAAAGUUGUCUCAUGGAAUCCAAGUGCUGCUACCUCUCUCCAUAUUGUUGCGCUCUGAUCAACAACAAACGUACCUUUUUUGCUUUUUGUUUUUUUGCUUCCUAAGUAACUUCGAGAGGACAAGAUAGGCGAAGAUUUUUCUCAGCAUCAUUUUUGGCUGAAAGGAUAUCUGACUGUCCUAAGCAUCUGGAGAUCAGACAAAUGAGCCCGUCUUCCCGACCCGUGCACGAUGCAGUUAGUGCCACGUGGGAGUGUUGAGCAGUGAGACAGAGAAAUGACAGCAUGGAGCCCAGGCCCUGGGAGGAACUCUGAAGCUCUGCACAAUGGAAAACACAGGAGUUUUGCAUUAAAAAGUUGACUAAGUUGGGCUUCCCUGGUGGCGCAGUGGUUGAGAGUCCGCCUGCCGAUGCAGGGCACACGGGCUCGUGCCCCGGUCCGGGAAAAUCCCACAUGCCGCGGAGCGGC